CAUAAACAAAAUUGAUUGAAUUUUUUUUUUGAAAAUUUAGAAAAAGACAAAGACAAAAUUUAUCAAACCUGGCUUAUGGACAUCUUGGAACUAUCUUGUUAGAGUGUAUUUAUGCCCAAGCCGGAGAUCUUGCUCAGUUGCUGGCCACAAAUAACCAUAAAUGGUCAAUUAAAAUGAACUACAUCCUCAUAAUAUAUACAAAUCAUGCCUUUCAGAUCACAAAGUCGGAUGAUCUCGACUGUAAAUUAGAAACCAUAAAGAGGAAUUUUGAACAGUGUGAGGUAGAAGUGCGACAAAAUGUUAUAUUUGAGGAACUAAACACAUUUAUCACAAACAAGGUCAUAUAUUGACGUGCAUAUAAAUGGUACUGGUGUUUCUAGCACUUCUGUACUAUUUUGCACUUUAGGAUUAACAAACAGCAAACAGCAUUUCUUUGUCUAAGUACUUGUACUUUAAACAAUGAUGAUAAAGUUGAAUCUAAAAAAGUGUGCUGAAUGAUAACACAUCGGCACUGCAGUAAAUUCCCUCAGCUCUACAAAAUGGACAAUUACCCAGAAUUUAUGUUAAAAAAGUAGUCUGAUCUGAAGAUAGAGUGGAUGGGAUGAUUUGCUGUGCCGAGGGCCAAUGUGAGAGUGUAACUAUCUGGGGCAAAACUACCUUAAUUAACACUCAUUUCAAAUUUCUUCUACUGUUGUAUGAUUUGAUAAAUGUUGUUUUGAAGACCCCUGAUCACAAUGCAAUCGAUUGCCCUGAUUACAUUAGGAAAACAAAUUGCUGCAAAUGUAGGCUAGUUUUUACAUUUGCCUGUGCAGCCACAGCAUAGAGAAACAUACAUUUAAUGCAAAAUGUAUAAAGUGCAAAGACAUUUGAAAACAGUAAAAAAUAAAAGUGAAAAUAGUCUUGUUGGUCUUUGAAAACUUGUUCCCUUCUGAUAUUUCCAUUUAUGUUGUCAAUAGCAAGAACACCAUUAUGCCGUAUUACAUUCUCAUGACCAUAGGCUUUUUUUUUUUACAUUGAUCCAUGUAUAUAAAUGUCUGACACCUCAUUCACAUUUAGUACAACUACUGACAAUUACAGACAUUUUCAAUUAAUGGGAAGAGGUGAUACUAAUGCCUGUUCAAUAAUGCGUCUGUUUGUAAUGUCCUCUUUGGUUCAUUUGUAUGGCAGUUUAGACAAAAGUGUCUUCUAAAUAAAAAACAAAUAUAAAAUGUAAAUGGGUGGACAACUAGAUUGGUUGGUUUCUUUUACAAGAAAAUAUUGUAGCACUGGGGAUCCUCAUCGAGCAGCAUAGUGUCAUGCUGUACCAAUGCCACAUGUAAAUAAUGUAAGUAACUGUGUGUAGUUUGCUUUUAUUAUGUUGCUAUUGUAUUGCACCAUAACGUCAUGUGUAGUGGCAACAUUAUGUGUUGUAAAUAAGGUGUGUGUGUGGCCAUUGUUUGGUGUGUGAGUAGUUGGGACAGCCAGCACAGUGGGUAGUGUGUGAGUUGUGAGUGUGACUGGCAUGCUUACAGUAAAAGCUAUUUUACUGCACACCAUGUCUGAUACCCGCUCCAGAAGUUAAAUUUUGCUAACUCUAAAUCCUGAGCUGUUGUACAAGGGUGUAGGAAGGGGUAAUAAAACAGACCAUCAAUGAAAUCCUACUGCCUGAGGAAAUGACACCUUAGCUUCAGUGUUAAAAGCAGCUUCCAGCACACACUAAGACACUGUUCACGUGAAAUAUAUCAUAGAAGAAAAAGCGAACCAGAGAGAAAAUGACUGUAGUGAAAUAUAUUCUUGUUGGACUGCUCUUAAUCAUUGGAUAUCCUGCCUUGGGUGUCAGUGCAGAGCUCACUGUGAACUCCGGAGAGGGAGAUGAUGUUACUAUCCCAUGUAACAAUGUCAUUCAUUCUAACUGCUCCUCAACUACGUGGCUUUAUGCUCAGAACAUAAGUCAGGAAUUAGUACAAGUGGUUAAUAAUUCACACAGAAACGAGAAAAUGACAAUUGGGUCUGACUGCUCUCUGCACAUUCAUAAAGUCAGCACUGCAGAUGCUGGGUCCUACACCUGUAGGCAGAUGAUCUAUGGAAAGCAACUUGGAAAUGAUGCUGUAGUUUACAUGUCUGUACUCACAGUUGUUCCACCAAAAAAUCUGAUGCCUGGCAGCAACGUGACCCUACAGUGUCUCCUGUACACCUAUUAUGGUCCUGGGCAGUGUAAUAAACGCCCAUUUAACAGUCUGACCCUGAGGUGGCUGAAUGACUCAGACACUGAUUUGCAGGGAGAUCCCAGGUACCAGAUACACACGUUCUCCUGCGACUCCAAUCUGACAACUGAACUUCAGCAGACAGACAACAGCAGGAACUGGAAAUGUCAGCUGACUGAUAAGGGGGAAGUGAAGAUCUCACAAAGCUUCAACAGCACAUUCACUGACAGAAGUCCUACUACGGCAGGUAUUGUGUCUGGAGUUGCUGUGUUUGGAGCUGUGUGUGUGGCUGUUGUUGUCAUGGUGAUAAUCAAGAGGCGAGCAGGGAAUCAAAAAGACACCAGUCACAGCAAGACUCAGGAUUCAGAGACCUACGCUACGAUCGACUACCUGACAUCCCAGCAGGAAGAGAAGGAGAAACCAGAAACUUACAUUUUUAGUGAAUACGCCACCAUAACUGAACACACACUUAAACACUAAAGCCAUUAACUGAUCUAAGGACUGAACACAGUCAUCUCAAUCUAGACACGAAACAAGUGACGCUGUUUUAAUAUUUGGUAUUUUUACUUAAGUACUGUUUCAUUCAGUGAGCCUGGAACCUAAACCUUAUGUCUAAUCAGAAGUCAUUAUAUAAAUGGAUAUUCAUUCAUUUUUUAAUUUUGGAGAAAUAUUUUUUUGAUUUAUAUAAGUAACAAUAUUACAAAUAUCAAAAGCAUAGGAAGCUUUGGCUACAUAUAAAACGGAACUUGCUGUCUAACCUUCAUAGCCUGCAGGCUUUCUGCGUUAACACAGCUUUAAGUAGCACUAGUUUAUACCACAGCACUGCCCAGUUCUCGAAUAUGAAGGGUGUUGAUUAAUUUUCUAUAACCUGUCGGAAUACAGUUUGUAUUUAGUGCAACAACUACAUUGUUAAUUGAGUUUAAAUGUAUACUGAGUCAUCUGUAGAUGGUAAUGUUAAUUGUAGUGAAGGUUGUUUAAAUUAAGUGUGAUGCAAAUAUUCUCUUGGUUUUAAAAAAAAAACAAACUGAUUGCUGUAAAAAGGUAUGUCAGGCUGCAGCCAUGUUAAGUAAAGAGAAGCUAUGAAUAAGAA